UGUUACUUUAUUUUAAGAUUAGGCCAAAAAUUGUAUCUAUUCAUUUGCAUUCUCACUGAGAAAAAAUAGCUGUUAAAAUCACAUGCAACCUGUUGCUCCCUGAACUUCAGAACUUACGUAAAACCUUGUAAAUUACUUGGUUUAUUUCUAGGUAUUGAGAGAAAGAAAAUAAGUUCAAUUAGUUCCGUUUCCCUUAUUCUCUGCAUCAUACCUGCUCAAAGUAAUGUUGAUUAUUGAAUCAUUUGUGGUACAAUAUAAGCCCUCAUAGUAUGUCAUGGAAAAUAGUACAGUAAAUUCUGACAUGCAAUUAUAAUUCUAGGUUAUAUGUUUAUAAUUCUAGAUUACAUGUUCUGAAUGUAAAUUACAUGUUACUAGAUGUGGAAUUAUUUGAGCAUAGAUAUAGACAGCAUUUGUUUCCAUAAGUGAUGCUCAGAGGUAGUAUGGAGUUUUUCUUACAAGUCCCUUAGAUUUCACCUUAGAGCAUUUAUGUAGGUAUGUGUGAAAUAUUUCCAUUUGCUUUCCUGCCUAAACCCUUUGCCACAUCAGUUGCUCUUUCUGCUGGUCCUCUCUGUAGCUGUCUUAAUGCAGGCCCUUUUAUUUUUUUUCUUUAUUCUUGUAUCCCCACACAGCAGGAUUCUGUUAACCUUCACCCCAUCCCUUACUCCACGCUUCCCUUCCCGGCCCACCCUUUCUUCAGUAUUAUCCAUGGGGAGGUUUUAAUUAAAGUGCAGGGGCUUCUUCCUGGAAAACUUAUUUUCUUGCUAGCACUUCAACAACCCAGCAUACAGAUCCACUGGUUGCAGUAUUCCUGUCAGCUUAUUUUAUGAGAUAAAUAAUUUGUUAGAUCCAGACUCUUUUUUUCUCACCUCUCUCUCUGAUUCUAGAACUUAUUUAUAGCUCCUGUGGGUUAAGAUGGAAAAACAGCGAUUGCUGCCAAUCACUCACAUGUUCUUAGAUUACAUUUUAGUCCUUUUUGCUUUUUGGUCUCUCAGUUAUUAUUUCUUUGUAAUUUCUCACUAUUUUGUUGCCUGAAAGUCAAAGUCCAUGCAGCCAAGUUGUGAAACAUCAGCCUUUCCUGAAAGAAUGAAGGGUUGAGGUGAACUGGGUAAGAUUUGGCCCUUCUAAGGUUGAAAUUAUACCCUGCAAAGAGUAUAAUACAUAAUGGACGGUGUUUGCUGGAUGAAAAUUAUCCCUCUGAUAGUACUUUAGUAAAAGAUUGUCAUAUUAUAAGUGUAUUCUCAGUCUGCACAGCCAGUUUACAGCUUUAUUUUGCAGAGUGUUGCUGUUUUAACCUUAAAAGGUAGAUCAGGCCUAGGUUUGUUUAAUAGCUUCUAGAUGUAAAAGUAUGGUAAAAUACAUCUUUGAUUUCUGUAAUGCUUGUUCAGUGUUCCUGUACAAUAAAUUAUUAUCCUGUGUCACCUAGGAACACCAGCUGAGGUUGGAAUUCAGUUUAGCUGAAAAGUGGUAAAGUAAGAGGUAGUUUCUAUCCUGAAUAGAUUGAAUUAUACACAAAGAGAGGUCUUAAAGUUACCUCCGUUUGUUCCAAUGGCAGUAAGUGGUUGCAGUCUGUUGGGCAAGUCUACAUCUUGUGUAUAUGAAAAGAGGAGUGAUGCGUGUAUAUUUAUGUACAUUGACAGCUCUCUGAAUUGAACAUUUGACUGUAGGUUUUAUGCCUUGCUGCAGUUCUGUGUUCUUUUGUGUGAGUAUGUGUUUGCAUAUGCACAAAAUGCACUUCUGCUGUUUAAAUUGGUCCUUUGUGCUUGGAAGAAGACUUUGUGACAAAUUACAUCCUGCUCUUCAGUUACUAUUUAGUGACAAUGAGAGGUUGGAACCCAAAACUGUUGGGUUAUGUUUUUGGUUGGAGCUCCUCUGACUAGGUACCUACUGCUGUUAUGAGAUCUGUUCCCUUACAUAAGAGAGCCAUGGUGCCUUGUGCCUACUUUGGGUUCCUGCUGCAGCUGUCAGGAUUUAUUACUGCUGCUGGUGUGGGGAUGUUGGCGAUAUGUAAUGCACACUUCAGAACUUUUCUGUCUGGAACUGCCUGGCAGCUCACUGCGAAGCAAACAAUUUGGCAGAUAAGGAUUUUUGUUUGAGUGCCAUCAUUGGGAAGAUACAAGCUGAGAUUCAGCAGGUUGGCAGGCUUGUGUUUGUCUGUCCGUGGUCGUCUGGCUUAGUAUGGAUUUGACAUCGUUACAACAUAAUCACCUGCAUAAUGAACAGAGAAGAAAAUUAGAAAGACAAGCAGGAGGGGAAAAAGAAGAUGAACAAAUAGUGACUGAAAUAAUGAGAAGACGUUUUUUUCCUGAUGUUAUAACUUACAAGGCCUGGGAAGGCUUUCACUUUGCUGGCCAUGAGAUAAAGAUUACAGAAGCCACUGAUUGUUAUGGGGCAGUCGUCUGGCCAUCGGCUCUUGUUCUGUGUUAUUUUUUGGAAACCAAUUCUAAACAGUACAAUUUAGUUGACAAAAAUGUGAUUGAAAUCGGAGCUGGAACUGGAUUGGUCUCCAUAGUAGCCAGUUUACUGGGUGCACUUGUGACAGCCACUGAUUUGCCAGAACUGCUGGGAAAUCUUCAGCACAAUGUUCUCCAAAAUACAAAACUGAAAUGCAAGCACCAGCCCUGUGUCAAGGAGUUGUCCUGGGGAAUUGAUCUGGAAAAAAACUUUCCCAGAGCUUCAUGUCACUUUGACUACAUUAUGGCUGCUGAUGUGGUUUACCACCAUCCCUUCCUGGAUGAGCUCCUACUAACUUUUGACCACUUGUGCAAGAAUGACACUGUUAUUAUGUGGGCUAUGAGGUUUAGGCUGGACAAUGAGAACCGAUUUGUGGACAGAUUUCAGACACUCUUUGACUUGGAGGUGAUUUCUGAUUUCCCCAGUUUGAACAUAACCCUGUAUAAGGCAAUGAGGAAAGGCAGGAUGAAAGUCAGACCUUCCAAACUGUCUGUCUGAAAAAGAGAUAUAUGGGGGUGAUUGUCUCAGAUGCUUUGUAGUUAAUUCUCUUUUUAAUAAUUUCUACAUAAGUAGCUGCCUGCAUCUGUACGAAUAACAUUUUUGAAGCAAGUUAAAACAAAACACUGGUUUUCCAGUGCAGCCCUACAGAAUUCCUAAAUUCAAUUUGCUGAAAUUUUUAUAUGUAGAAGAAAUGUAUUUAUGAUGUUUUCUUGCCUUUUAUGUGCUAAAUUGACAAAACUAAUAACUUUCAUGAUUCUCAAUAUUAUUUUUAUGGGAUGUGCAAUGAAUAUUUCCACUGGCUUUCAAAUGCAGUUUAAAGCAGUGUCUUAUGAGACCAACCAAUCUUUCGAAGAUUUAAUACAGUCUUCUUACAUUUUGUAUUUAAUAGGUGUGAUGUUAAAUCUGUCUUCCCUCGUUCCCACCAUAAUGUGCAAAUCCUUCCUUCAACUGGUCUUUACAUGAUGUUAGCUGAAAGGAAAAAUGGGAGAUAUAGUAUCAUAAUAAAUGGAGAAAGACUAAUAGUUACUCCUCGAUUUAAUGAUUAUGCUUUCAUGGAAUCGUAGAAUAGUUUGGGUUGGAAGGUACCCUUAAGAUCGUCUAGUUCCAAACCCCCUGCUGUAGUCAGGGACAUUUUCCUCCAGACCAGGUUGCUCAUAGCCCCAUCCAGCCUGGCCUUGAAUGCCUCUGGGACAGGGGGAGCAUCCACACUCUCUCUGGGCAACCUGUUGCAGUGUCUCACCACCCUCAUAGUAACAAAUUUCUUCCUAAUAUCUAGUUUAAAUCUACCCUCUUCCAGUUUAAAGCCAUUUGUUUCCCUUCCACUUUUUAUUUAGAUUCAGGGAUUCUUCAACAGACAGCUGUGCAUUUGAAGCAACAGGGAGUUAAAUAUUUUGCUACUUGAACAAAGGCCUGGAAUAAGAAUAGCACAUCGCAUCCACAGGUCCCCAUUGCAGAGACCUUAAAUUUUUGGAUAUCUGCCCUUUCUGAAAUAGACUGGUAUGUGCACCUCAUGGAACAAUGGAAAAAUGACAGUGGGAUCAGGAUAAGUGUUUUGCAGUGACAGCUGGUGGUAGCUGGAGGUAGAAAAUGAAACCUGCUUGUCACAGUGUGGCUGAGGCAUGGACAGAUCAGAGUUUUUGCAGGGGCAAAUGGAGCAUUUGAGCUUUAGUGUUCCCAAUUUUAGUGAUCAGAUUAAUGUACUUAAAUACAGAAUUUUUCCCUUGUUCCUACUCCCGGCAUAAAAUUCAGUUUUCUGAGGUAAAACUUUCCACUGUGAGACAUGAAGUGGUGCAGACAGGAGAAUCCAAGCUGCUAAGAUUUUCCAAUGGGAUUUGGGGACCCCAAAGCUGAAAGGAAGUAGUGGGAAGAUAGAUGAGGAUUUGGCAGGAGGGAUCUGGAUGUAGAAGGAGGAGUGUGGAAAAAAGGUAGCUGUAGGGAUAAGGUGAGAUAAGAGGUUGAAACAGUGACACAAACUUCAAAAUGCUGGAUACACUGACUGAAAGGGGACAUCCUCUGUAAUAGCAAUUACUUGCAACCAUCCAGUCCUCUGCAAUUGAAACUAAAAUCCUUUUAUCCCAAAGAGCAACUCUGUUUACAAAUAUUUCACAGAUAAAUGGAUUGGCACUGGGUUACGAGCAAGAUAGCUCUGCGUGUACCAAAAUCCUCCAGUGAAAAUAUCCUGUGAACUACAAAGCAAUGCAGACUAAGGAUGAAAAGAGAGAGUCCAGCAAAGUAGUAAAGUGGGAGUGCUUUUAAUAUCAACGAGCCCUUCUGUUUUGUCUGAGGCUGUCCCCCACUGAGCUCCUGCUGAAGUCAACAGGAGCUGUGUUUGUAGAGCAGAUUCAGAAUUGGGCUCUUCAGGCCUAACAGCAUGGUAAUGUUUAGUGUAAUCUAACACUGCUCCCCUUUCUCACAAGUCUGUCUAGCAACACUGUGUGAAGCUUCCUGGGAAAGCUUCAGAGCCUGGCUGCUCUAUUGUACGAAGGCCUUUUGUCCUCUGUUAUGAUAGGCAGGUUAUUAGCCAUGACCGACGGGUGGUGGAGGUUAUAUGUGGCAUUUGCCUGUGGAGUUUAUUUCUGCUCUUUGAGAACAGGUCUCUCAGAUGACUGUCAAAUAUUGCAGUUUCCUAAAGGCGGUUAUAGUUUUAGUAAUCACUUACCCUUGGUCUAAAACUUCAAAGAAAACUCAAGUUGUUAUGCAGUGCACCAUGUUGCGAAUGCACAUGGCAUUUGCAUCUGUAGUUAAAACUGUGAGUGAAAGAAUUCCACCUAUAUGAACGCUAGAGAGACUGUGCAGGCUCACAGGCUUUUACAAUACAUUAUGGACUGUUAUGGAAAUUGUAUUAGUUGAAGAUACAAAUAAUUUACUACAUAGAUUCAGUCAAUUCCUUGAUUUUCCAUAUUCUCAUCUACCAGUAACUUACUGAACAACAAUAUCGACAAUAUGCAUAAGCAGCUUGACAACAUUUUCUAGGUUUUCCACAGAUGUUUUGCUAACUUCACAAUUUUCAUAUGCUAGUAUUUAUUUUUACCAUUAUUAUUAUUAUCUGUGUAUAUAUAUAAAAACAGUAAAGAAAUGUUAAUUAUAUAACAUUUCUGUCAAGGUCUUUUAUAAGUCAUACAUUUUGCUUCUAAACAUUAAAGUAGCAAACAAUUUCAGCAUUGUAUUGUUUCUAUAUGACCAUACUGAGUUUUUGUUUCUGUCUUGUUGAACAGUGACAUGGCAGCUCUGUGUGAUUCAGUUACAUUUUCAUUAUUAAAUUCACUGAUUUGGGCUUCUGCUUCUUAUAACAGCUGUAAGAAAAAGCUAUAGCCAUUGAAUGUUUAGAAAAAUCAUCCAAGUGACAAUAUAGAUUGUCUGAGAAAAAUCUCAUUUUCAUUUAGAAGCAGUAAGGGAGGCCCAAACUAUGAAAUACAACAGCCAGGAAAUAUUCAAAUAACUAUCCAUGGCAUAAAUGACAGCUGAUUAAUGAACAUCUCAUAUUAGUCAUUGCACAAUCACUUGUCAGGAUCAAAUGAGCAACAACGACUCUAGCUUCCACGGGUGUCUUUAAUGGUGAUUGAUAUUGAAGAUCUAUUGAGUGUGUUGCUAGAUGUGACAGUCACCUGAAAAAAUACUGCAAUUUAUGAGCAAAGAACAGACGAUCCUGCAAACAGGAUGGGUCUAGAAACCCACUGAACCCUUUAAAUUUUGGAGAACUGAAAGGCAUGGGAUACUUUUCUGUUCAUAGUUUUUGAUACUACACUGGUAACUAUGAGGUGAUCUGAAAUAAAUUCAGUGAGAAAGGAAGAUAGUGGCUGUUGAGAUGUCAUUGCUCUACUGAUGUACUUCAGAAAUCGAUAUGUUCAUGCUUAUAAUAGCUCUGUGACGUAAGGGAAAUAUGGUGACACAGUUGCAGAGCAAAGAGGGAACUGAGCUAAAUGCCAAGUGAUAUAACCAUAGUCACAGUAUGGAGUACUGUUCUUUCACAGUAAAAACAAUAUUUCCUGUGGUUUUUUUCUUGUUAGAAUUUGCUCACAUGGAGACAAAAUUUAAAUGAAAUUCAUUAUUUCCUAAAAGAAGACCCCAUGGAUCUCUAUAAACAAGAAAAACACAGUGAGUGUAAGCACUCGGAUUUCAUGUAGUUAGUCCAACUAACCAUGCAAUACAUAGAAUGCAGUGGCUAUAGUGAAACUCUGGAAUCAGAAGGAAGCCAUCUCAUUGUCUGCAGACAUACGUACCUGUAAAAUGUCUUCAGGUGGGUUCAUUGCAGUCUUUUCAUGGACUGAGAUGAAGCAAACUGGACCGUAGUCUUCAGCUAAAGUUUUUAUCCCACUGUGUGCUUUCCUCACUCUUCUCAGAAUCUUCAAACCCCAUUCCAGGUUCACUGUCUCACACAGAGUUAGAAUAUAACCCUUUGUCCUCUCUUCCUUUCCUUGAAGAUCUAUCAGCUGAAGCAUCGCAUUUAUGCUGUUUACCUGUGAGAAAAGGCUCUAAAAUAUACCAGCAUUACUCUUUCUCUACCUCUGGGGAAGAAUAUUAGUUGGAAAUUGAGAGACAAGUAAAUCAAGGCAUGUGAUCCUAGAGACUUUUUAUUGCUACCCCGACAUAAGGUUUGGAUGCUCUGUAAUCCUGAGCUCUCAUGUCCCAAGAGGUCUGCUAUUACAAGACUUUUCUACAGAACAUUACUCACUGACUAUUACAGAUGAUUAAUCUCUAUUGUCAGAUUAUUGCAGUAUUGGGUUAUCCAGAUUACAUAUUAUCAGGUUGCUAUUAUUAGCUAUAGGUCAUCUGUCCUCUAUGUUAUUGACUCUACUCACAUUCUUUCAGGCUUGAAGACAGUUCAUGAAAUCAGAAGAGGCUGUUGCUCUCAUGAUGCUUGUGAUUAUUACACCCCUGUGUGAGGCAAUGACUGCUUCUUUCUGAGGUGCUCAGCCUUGGCAGCAGAGUAAAAGGAUCAUUAGAUAUUGGCUGCGCUCCUGCUAGAAGUUCAUCAGAUUAUAGUAGCAUUAGACAUGCAUGGACACUCAGGGUAACAGAAUGGAUUUUUUUGACAGUGGAUGAGAACAUUUUUAUUAGGAACACAUGGUUUCUUGUGAUUUAUUCUACUGAUCUAUCAAAAUAAAAAUGUUAGCAAUAUUCUCCAACUGGGGGACAAUUGUGAGCAAUCACAGAAGGAGCUCUCGAUGCCUGGAAGUGAAAUCCCAAAAGGCUCUGCAGUCAUGCUGCUUUAAAAAGUAAGAAAAUCACACAUCUCCCUUCCAGUUUAUUAAACUUUGAACAGCUCUGCUUUGAUUUACAAUGUGAGAACACAGAUAGAGGUAGAUGGUAAAUCCGAUUUAGAAGAUCACAGCAACUGUAAUCUGACAGAGCACUUUCUUGCCUAUUUCUGCCUGAUAUGGAUGGCUUCAAAAUAUUUCAAAGUGCACACCAUCAAGACAGUCUGCUCCCUUCCAGACUGGAGCGCUUCAUCAAAGAAAGGAAACUUCUGGGAAGCGUUUUAGUCUGAAUUAAGAUGAAAAGACUUCCAGGUUCACCCAAAUCAUUUGGAGUCUGGGUGAUGAUAGUGAAUGCCUGAGGAGCCGUGUACACAGUGCUGUAGCACAGGUGCCUGAAAAACUUCAGACACACCGGAUAGAGAAUCUUUAACUUUUGAAAUCUGGUUUUCCUUGUGGCACAAUAGCUAAAUAAAUAAUUUCAAAGUAUACUCAUUGCAACUGAGAUCUUCUAUAGAAGCGGUGUUUUAUACUGCAAGAUAGGUUUGUCAAAUGAUUCCUAGAUAAUUCUAGUUAGGAAAAUGCAGUGGGAAGGAAUCUAUUGAACAAGUUGUGCAAAAGACUGCAGAGAUAAGAAGCCACAUGGAAAUUAUUGCUAAGCCAUGUAAAAUAGCACAACAGUAUUCACUACUUGUUUUCAGACUCCUGCCCAGUUUUCAGUAAACUCCCAGUAGGUAGUCUUUAUAACAGCCAUAAGCAACUGGAUAAUGCAGGCAGGAGAAAGUUCAUGUAAGAAAUACUUUCUGAUACAGCUUGUGAAGAGAAAUCUGCCUUUUAAUAAGUACGUAAGGAUCCCUAUAUGUAAUCUUGGCAAAUAAGGAUGGCAGAGUUUAGGAAAACUCUGUCAUAUACAUAUAAAACAUAUGUGCACUUGAAGUGUGAUCUGGAGCCUCUUUUAUUUUAAUCCAUUUGAGGUUAAGCUUUCUCUUGGGUCUGUGGGAUCUGAUCCCAUGACUCCUAUAUUCCUGAACCUGGAGCAGUCCAGCCUCAGAAGGAAAGUGGAGAUUGUUCCCACAUAAUUUCAAGAUGAGAACUCGAACUUCCAUCAUUCAUCUUCUCAAUGAAAUACUACAACCUCUAGACCAGUUUACCACAGGAAGUGUAGAUUCUUUAUGUAGAUAAGCAUAAUCACUUGAAGCCACAGCUAUUCUAGAAAGAUGCAGAUACCAACAACACUGCUGUUAAAGCAUGUUUGAAACCUGAUUUACAUUUGGCAGCUAAUGCUCCUGAUAUCAACAAAGUUCUGUUUUGUUUUUUUUUUUUUUAGCAUACAGACAAUUGUUUUGACUACUAAACAGUGUUUGUCAGUCUUUCACUGCAUAGCAUAUAGGCUUUGCAUGUUUGUCAACUGCUGAUUAACUAGUACUACAUGCAGUGUUACAAGCUCCAUAAAUGCAGCCAACACCUUCAGUGCGCAUAUUUUCUCCUACUGUGAAAGUUAAAAAAUUUCUUAGUUGGAUACUUCAUGUCUCCCAAAGGAAAGUGUGAAGCUAUCUAUCCCUUUUUCAUGAAGAGAUUCAUUGAAUUUUCACAUAAAGAAGGCUUGUGCUGCACAGAAAACUUCCACUCAACGUCUGUACCUCCAGUCAUUUCAUUCCAGCUGACCUGAUUCCUUGACCAUCUUUUUUCAUUAUGCUUCCUAAUGUUUGUCUUCCUCAAACUAUGAACUUCCCACAGGGACUCAAACUGGUGCGUUGCCUGAGCAACAAGUAAUCUGAAUCAAAUCAAACACUUCAACAUAUCAUGAGCUGUGAACAUUAUCUUCUCACCUCCUUCCUGACAACAGAAACCUCUGAUAUUUUUUCAAAGCACAAAUGUCUAUGUUUUCCUUUGCCUGAAAGUUAUUUAUCAUAGAAAAAAGCUAGAGUAGGUGUAGUAUCUCAAGGUUGUGCAGCACUAUAUAUUUGUGUCUCUGCUGAACCCCAAACCUUCCUUCCCAUUGUCUUU